GUGCAGUUCCUGGUGACCCACAAACAGAGGAGCAGUGCCAUGAAGACCCUCUGUGAGAUGCCCGGACCCGGCGCCGCGCGCUCCGCCUGGGACCUGCUCUGCCACGAGGGACUGGCGCGGCUCCACGAGCUUCAGCUGGAGGGAAAGAGGAAAUACGGCCCGGUGUGGAAGGCCAGCUUCGGACCCAUCCUCACCGUGCACAUCGCAGAUGCUGCUCUGAUAGAACAAGUGCUGCGACAGGAGGGCAAACAUCCCGUCCGAUCCGACUUAUCAUCGUGGAAAGAUUACCGGCAGCAAAGAGGACAUGCCUGUGGACUCCUCACAGCGGAAGGCGAGGAGUGGCAGAGCAUCCGCAGCAUGCUGGCCCAGCACAUGCUGAAGCCAAAGGAAGUGACAGCCUACAGCGAUGUCCUGAAUCAAGUUGUCACGGACUUGAUCGCGAGGCUCCGGAACCAACGGAGCAAAAGUAACAAUAAGGUGGUUAAGGAUGUUGCGGGAGAGUUCUACAAAUUCGGGUUAGAGGGUAUCUCUUCAGUGCUCUUCGAGACACGGAUUGGCUGCCUCGAAGCUGAUGUCCCCAAAGACACAGAAGACUUUAUUCAGGCCAUUAAUACCAUGUUUCAAAUGACACUCUUGACCAUGGCGAUGCCCAAGUUCUUGCACAAGAUUUUCCCGGCACCCUGGCAGAAAUUCACUGCAUCCUGGGAUUGUAUGUUUGCUUUUGCUAAAGGACACAUAGACAGAAGGAUGGCUGAGAUUAAGGAGAAGUUAUCGAGAAGGAAAGCUAUCGAGGGGAAAUACCUGACCUAUUUCCUGUCGUGUCAGAACCUCAGCAUGCGGACCAUUUAUGGCAACGUCACAGAGCUACUAUUGGCCGGCGUUGAUACCAUUUCCAGUACAAUGUCAUGGACUUUGUAUGAGUUGUCCAGACACCCAGAUAUCCAGGCAACUCUGCACAGAGAAAUAAAGGACAUUCUGGGAGACAAGCUGAUGCCCUCGUACGCCGAUGUGGCCAGAAUGACCCUCAUGAAGGCAGUUGUGAAAGAAGUACUGAGGCUUUACCCUGUUAUCCCAGGUAACGCCCGUGUUAUUCCAGACAGAGAUAUCCAAGUUGGAGAAUACAUCAUUCCCCAAAAAACUCUGAUCACUCUGUGUCACUACGCAACCUCCCGAGACGAGAAUGUCUUCCCUGACCCAAACAGCUUCCAGCCAGCGCGCUGGCUCAACAAGCACCAGUCCAUUCACCCCUACGCCUCCAUUCCAUUUGGCUUCGGCAAGAGGAGCUGCAUUGGAAAGCGGAUUGCGGAGCUGGAAGUUUACCUUGCUGUGGCCAGAAUUCUAACCCAUUUUGAGGUGAGGCCAGAGUUCAAGGACACGGUGGUGAAGCCAAUGACAAGAACACUUCUGGUGCCAGCGACGGACAUUAACCUGCAGUUUAUUGACCGAUGAUCGUGCACCCCAAGUUUUCGCAGCCUUCUGAUGGCAAGAAAGCUCUUGGACCUGCUCUAUUUCUGCAGAAACCCUUUGGUUACAACUACCUCCCCCACUCCCCCCGGCUCAGAGUCAGGCUCCACCACUGUUAAAU